GGGCGGGGCCGGUAGCGGCGGGAUAUGCUCAGGCCAGGGGUUCCGGCUGUAUAUUCCAUGAGCGCAGCCGGCAGCCGCGGAGCUGCGGGAACCGGACUGGGGCGAGCCGGACAGCUGUAGCCAUCCACGUUCAGGUUAAUUUAAACAAGAGAUCUGACCUGACAAACCCAACUGUACAAGUGCAACUCUUCAAGGAAAAUUAAUAUUUGCCCUGAGAGGAACAAGUAACAUAGAUCAAGAUGAAUGCCAUGAUGGACACCCCUGAGCUCCCAGCCGUAUUUGAUGGGGUGAAACUGGCUGCAGUGGCUGCUGUGCUGUACGUGAUUGUCCGGUGUUUGAACCUGAAGAGCCCCACAGCCCCGCCUGACCUCUACUUCCAGGACUCAGGACUGUCACGUUUCCUGCUCAAGUCCUGUCCCCUUCUGACCAAAGAAUACAUUCCACCAUUGAUCUGGGGGAAAAGUGGACACAUCCAGACGGCUUUGUACGGGAAGAUGGGACGGGUGAGGUCUCCACACCCUUACGGACAUCGGAAGUUCAUCACCAUGUCCGAUGGAGCCACAUCUACAUUCGACCUCUUCGAGCCCUUGGCUGAGCACUGUGUUGGAGAUGAUAUCACCAUGGUCAUCUGCCCUGGAAUUGCCAACCACAGUGAGAAGCAGUACAUCCGCACCUUCGUUGACUAUGCACAGAAAAAUGGCUAUCGGUGUGCUGUGCUGAACCACCUGGGCGCCCUGCCCAACAUUGAGCUGACCUCACCACGCAUGUUCACCUACGGCUGCACGUGGGAAUUCGGAGCCAUGGUAAACUACAUCAAGAAGACGUACCCCCUGACCCAACUGGUUGUCGUGGGCUUCAGCCUGGGGGGUAACAUCGUGUGCAAGUACUUGGGGGAGACCCAGGCGAAUCAGGAAAAGGUCCUGUGCUGUGUCAGUGUGUGCCAGGGGUACAGCGCACUACGGGCCCAGGAGACUUUCAUGCAGUGGGACCAGUGCCGGCGCUUCUACAACUUCCUCAUGGCUGACAACAUGAAGAAGAUCAUCCUCUCACACAGGCAAGCUCUCUUUGGAGACCACGUUAAGAAACCCCAGAGCCUGGAGGACACGGACUUGAGCAGACUCUACACCGCGACGUCCCUGACACAGAUCGAUGACAACGUGAUGAGGAAGUUCCACGGCUAUAACUCCCUGCAGGAGUACUAUGAGGAAGAGAGCUGCAUGAGGUACCUGCACAGGAUUUAUGUACCCCUCAUGUUGGUGAAUGCAGCUGAUGACCCUUUGGUGCAUGAAAGUCUCCUAACCAUUCCCAAAUCUCUUUCAGAGAAACGGGAGAACGUCAUGUUUGUGCUGCCCUUGCACGGUGGCCACCUGGGCUUCUUUGAAGGCUCCGUGCUGUUCCCUGAGCCCCUGACAUGGAUGGAUAAGCUGGUGGUGGAAUACGCCAAUGCCAUCUGCCACUGGGAACGAAACAAGUCGCAGUGCUCUGACACGGAGCAGGUGGAGGCUGAGCUGGAGUGAGGCCUCAGGACUCUGGCACGCUCCAGCAGCCCUCCCCCAGGCCCCAUGUCCCCUCACUUGCUGCUUCAGGUCUCCCAUCUCCCUCAGUGACCUGGAUCUGACCUCACACCAUUAGCGGGGCCACCCAUCAUGCACUCUUAUCUCAAGUAGGCGGCUCUCCCCUGGGAGCUCCCGGCUAUUUUUGUGCUUAGUUACUGGUUUCCUCCAUUGCAUUGUUAGCCAUGGUGACAAGCAACAGGAUUCUCACCCUCAUCAGGUUUCAGCAUCUGAUUGCUUUUAAGCCAAGUACAUCUCGUUUCCCUCUUGAAAAUGUAUCUGAGCAGCAAUUUUGCUUUGCCAGUCAAAAGGCUUUUCCCUGAGAACAGCGAAGGACAUGGGUUACUUCAUGGUGAUUGUAUGCAGGGCUCCCCAUCCUAGGCCCGUGCUGAAGACACAGCUGAGCUUGGGAACCCCAGGGCCUGGCCCUCUGAAAUGGCAAAGGAAUUCCCCUGAGUCACAAGCCAAGUUUUCUCCCUCCCCACCUCCCAAGCAGUUUCCUCAUGCCUGGCUGCUGCUGAGAUUCACACGGGGCACUUGUUAAAAAUUCAGCCUCCCAGGCCCCUCCCCUUGCAGACAGUCUGGGAAGGGGUCUGGGGAUUUUAAUUUUUGACAAGUGCCCCAGGGGAUUCUCAUCAGCAGGCAAACUUGGGAAACCCCCUUCUAGGCGCCUUUCCCUCAUCAGAACAUCUUGGUGGCUCAUCGCAUUGCAACUCAUGCUCAUUGGUGUCACUUCACUCCCAGGGCCUCCAGAACAGCAAGGCAUGUUGUGUAACUGCCCUGUGUGACCACAGUGUGAUGGCCCCACAAAGGCCCCGGGUAAGAGUGGGAAUUUGGGCUGAGCCCUGGCUCUGCUUCUCACCGGCUGUAUGACCCUGCAAGAGUCCCUUUGGACUUAAGUCUCUUCACCUGUGACACGGGGGGCUUGGACCAGGUCGAUUGCCGACAUGACCACUGAUUCUGAAGUUCAAUGACAAACUCAGUUUACUGAGAUUUGAGAGAACAUCCCUCUUGGGACCAUGUGGAUGUCAUCAUUUGCCUUUUUUUUUCCCUGUCCCUCAUUUCACAUAAAGAGGUCUUGGGAAUCUUUUUAAGCACUUAACUGUAAUUUUAGUUUCUAACCCUGGUCCCUCUAACUCGGGUUUGAAGAAAGGUAUUUCCACCUGAAGGUGUUACUUGAAAAUAGACUUUGAAGGGAAUAGUCUCUAAUUGUUAUCUGUUAGAUGGAUCUUCCUGAAAUGGCUUCUCAAGGGAAAGUGUCACUGUAGGCUUCAAGUACUUUUCUCCAAUCCUGUGGUACUUGAAUAUCUGAGAACCCUGCACUUUGAAAAAUCAGCAAUUACUCUCUGGAAGCAAACAGAGCUGAGUGAAAUCACCUGGAUACUUUACAAAACUAUUUUCUGUCCUUCGUUUCCUUUGGCUGCAGGACAGACUAGGAAAUAAUUCGUGGGUCUGUGGACACAGGGCCAUCUGAGCACCUAAAUGCCAGCCCAAAGGGCCACACUGGAUGGAGUUUGGGCACUGACCCAAGUGAAUGUGACAGUAAUGUCUGUAACCUGAAGACGUUCUUUCCUGACAAUCACCAGAUCACCCUAAUAACAUCAGAAACAGCCGUUAUCUCAAAAGACUGAGAUUUCUGUGGUCUCCACUUUACUUUGGUAUAAUUUCUUACGGCAUCAAAUUAUAGAACUCUGGCUUUCCUCCCAAACCAUUGUUUCUUCAAUGCAUUUUCUUUUUGUGUUCUUUUUGCACAAAUUGGCACUUUAUCCUCUACCCUUCAAUUUGGAAGCUAGUCUUUCUCCUCUGUUACUUCUCCCACCCAAUCACAACUAUAACCUGGAAGAUUCCUAGCCAUGCUUCCUGCUACAACCUUCAUCCCUUGAAGGGAUUUUCACUUUUUGUGAAAAUAAGUAAACCAAGCAAUAACUUGAAAGGACUGAAUCACCAUCCCAGAAGCAAGGGGCUCCUUUUCUUGCCUGACGCCACAUCUCUUGACCCAUAACAAGAGUGGUGGCCAGGUACCCAUCCCUUCAGAAGAAAAGACCACCCUGUGGUCUCACACCCAGGGGUGGGUGUGGGGGUGUCCUCAGAGUUGGGGCACACAGAUUUGCUACCAGAAUCCCUGGGGAGGGGGCUGAAAUCUCUUCAGUGUGUGAUCUGAAUGGCACUUACAUUCCAUUUGGGUUCACAUGACAUCAACUGAAGCCCUUUAUUCAGGCUUCAGGCUCUCAGGCACGGAAAUGAGCACGGGACCGUGCGGUCUCACAGGAGAAUUCUUGUUUGUGCCUGAAUGAGAGCACAGAGGGACUGAACGUGGCGAUGCGAAGUCGCCCGACCAACAGGGGCCUGGCUCUUUCUAUGUAGGUCACCUUCUCCCUUCCUCUGGGCUUCUGCGCUCUUCUUCCCGAAGUCAUUCACUGCUGAUGAGAAUGCAAAUGCUGUGCUUGCUAGUAAGGCUUUGUUUGGGCUAAAACAAGGCUGCAUCAUUGAAGAGUUUUCAAAUAUUCUAUUUUAAAAUCAUACUAAGGCUAUAAAUCAUGUAGAUGUGGACAGUUCUUGGGCAGUAAUAACUUGUCAAAAACUGAGGGGCAGAAGCAUCCACUUUUCUCCUUGCCCCCCAAAUAGAUCCUAGUCAGAUUAGGAUUCUGACUUGAAGAACAGUAUCAAGCCUCUUUGAUGCAUUUAUAUGAGACGGGAGUUUAGUGCAGUAGAAGAAAACCUCUUAUCUUUCCUGCAGUUCUGCACCACUGAUUGCAGAGAAGAGUGAGGAGAGAAAGUUCUGUGUUGUUGUCUUAAGCUCUCCGCAGUGUUUUAUGCCAGCAGGGAAUCUUAGGACCCACCAUAAGGUGGAAAUUACCUUUCAAGGGGAGCGUUCCUGACAUGCUGUUAUGGAACCAGGGCCCAAGAGACCCAGCCACCUAACCCACUGUCACAAAAUCACUUUGGACAAGCGGGCAAGUCACUUCACCUCUCCACCUGUCGCCUCAUCUUAGGCCGUCUCUAUGGCCAUGUCACCUGCUGGGUCAUUGUUGAACAUUUGCCUGAACUUGGCAUCUGUGGCGCUUGAAGGUGACAGGGGCUGGUCAUUGCCCACAGCUCAUCGCAAAAGGCUGGGAGAAAGCAAGUUUGUUCAUUCAGCUUUUCCCUGUCAGAACACCGGAUGUUGUCCAAAGCCCUGUGUCUUUGACUGGCAUCCCUUCCAGAUCCUCACUGUUCUCGUACGUAGUCUCCUUGUGCUUCUAAGGGCAGUCUCGUGGCUGGCAGGUGCUGGCCACUGGGGUGAGGACAGCGUCUCCAUCCUUCAGUGGGACAAGGCAGAGCAUGGAGAACUCCCAGAGCAGAAAUCCUUCCUUCUCAGGCUUUCAUUCUAACGCAGUCUUCACUGAGCCGAGCUGUCGGGGUUGCUGCGCUUGUAUGGCCGGCAUCUGAAUGAGCGUGUUCUUUGUCAGUGGGUGACUUGAGAGGUGUUUCGCCAGCUCCAAGGAGACAAUGCAUGUGUUCUUGUUUGUGUUUGCCAGGCAAGCAGAUGCCUGAGAUGUAAAAGGCUUUUCUUUUUUCUUUUUUUUUUUUUCUUUUUUCUUCAGUUCUGGGGCUGAAUCUACAGCCUUCCUUCAUGCUGAGCUAUAUCUCCAGCCCCCUUUUUUAUUUCUUAUUUUGAGACAGGGUCUUGCUAAGUUGCCCAGGGAGGACUCAAACUCACAAUCCUCCUGCCUCAGCCUCUCAAGUGCUGGGAUUACAGGCAGAUACUUCUUUUGCUGUGGCCUUGACCCUAACUGAGAGCUAAAGUAAAGAUCACUGAAACAUUGAGUUGAAGGAACACAUAGGUCUUUGUCCUUUGGGCAGACCGGAGUUGUUCGGGAGCAUUUCCCUGCAGCGCUCCAUCACAGUAUCAUCUGGAACUGUCUUCUUUGCCCACAAAGCCUUAACUUACCUCUAGAAGAUCCCUUGGUAUCACAACAAUGUUGUGGCGCAGGAAUUCAAAUUCUUCUGCGUUGGGAGGGUGAAGCAAAGGCACAGCCAAACCAGAGCAUUUCCUGCAAGGGCCUGAAGGCACCUUGUGAAGUUCCACCCCACCUCCUAGCCCUCCACAAUGCGAGCACCCAGCACGGGCCAGGAGGCCUCAUCUCUGGCACCCCUCUGUCUUUUUGGCCUUGGUCUUGUUCAUAGUCACCUGGAUUACCUGAAUGCCUGCCUGGGGCAUCUUGAGGCCAAGCAGUGGCAGGCAAGGCUUCCUUCCAUCUCUGUGAUCUAAGCAGAAAGAGGCACCCCCUCCUCAUAAACUAGGUUGCUCUUUCCAAAUUGUGUUUGGAGCUGAGGAAAGGCGAACAGGCCCCGCUGGCAGAGGGAACUGGAAGAACAGCCAAAGCAAAGGCCACCUGCUCUCCCUGUGUCGCUGCAGCCACCACCUCGGGGUGCCACGGCCUACAUGCUCCCGGAGCGGCUCUUGGCAGCAGGCCACAGAGGACAGCUCGCCAGCCAUUCUCAGACUCGUAGGAAACAGACAGCUGCGCCUUUUGGAGGAGCCAGUCCACCAUGUUUUCUGAACUCUUUUUCCCUAGCAUAUAGGUGGAUAGAGCUUUUGUGUACAACAUCUCUAAUAAGUAAGCUGAAGGAAGUUUCAGACUGGUGGAUUAAGUCUCACAUUCUGAGUUUCUUGAAGUUCUCAGCUUUUAACUAGGCUCCUGUCAAGUCCAUAACCUACUUUCUCCCGUUCUGGUCCCCAUUAGCCAAGAAAUCCACUAUUGCCAUAAGUUGGGGACAGUCCAUUUAUAGCACUUGCAGAAAUACCUACCCUUAGUCACAAUGGGCAUUCUCCUCCCAGACCAGUGGUCACCUAGAGUAAUCGCUGCCCGCCUUGGUCCCAGGGCCAACCACUUCUCUCCCAGGCUGUUCUCCUGAGUGGCCAAAGCUCCUGGGUGCAGGAGUUAGGUUCUUUUUGGUUUGUAUUUGGGCCUCUUUGGUUUUCCUAAAGCACAAGUCCAUGUAGAAGCCUGUCACCUCUCCACACCAGUUCCAGGUGAUCUGGGUCUCUCCCACUGCCUCAGGAAGACCUUCACUGUACCUGAGCUUUUGACUUCUGCCAUUGCAGCUGCCUUAGUGAUGCCAGGGGUGGGGGUGGGGGGCGGGGCAUCAGUUUGAUUUUUCCCUGUGAGACCCCUUCCGGCCAUAUUCUUCUCUUGGCAGAUCUGCUUCCAGAUUGAUUUUUUAAGAACCAUCACUUUUACAUUCCUGAUUCUGGUUCGUUUGUUUUGUUCUUUUUGAAUUUUCCCAAACUUCAAAUGCUGCCCUGAAAAUACUGUAUUUUUGAGUUUUUGUUCAUAGCACCUCUGCGCUGCUGGAUCUUUGGGGGGGAAAUACAGUAUCCUUCAGCAUUGAGGUGUUCUAAGAUUUGCAACUAGCAAUGCAAUUUUUUCUAAAUAUGAGGAUAUUUACCUUUAUUAAGAAAUGAUACUAAACAAUGAUGUCCUUGAUCAUUUUCUGUUCUCAUAUUACUUUUGGUUCAACUUUGAUUCUGUGUGGUGGUGAACAAAGAUCAUUACAAACAAAAACUGUAAUUUUGUUAUCUUUGAUUCAAUGGAAUUUCUUUACUUAAAAAAAUAAAGACUAAAAAUGUGC